CAACAGCUGGACACUGGCGUGGACCCUUGUGACGACUUCAGUGCUCACGUCUGUCGACGCUGGAUGCCUCGCAAGCACUUGUCACGCUCAGAGCUGUCCGAUAUGGUCCUGUCUUGGCUACACAAACUUCCGGAAACCCUUACCAAAGGUGUGGUCCACUUCCCCACCGGCAAGAAAGUGGCCGCCAUGUUUAACACCUGCAUAACGGAGACGGGGUCGCAGAUUCACAUCAUGCGAGAAUUCAUGCGCAAACGUGGAAUUGUUUGGCCAGAGAACCCAGACGAACCAGUUCAUCCUGCGAAGGUACUCUUCGACCUAUCCUUCAACUGGAACGUACACCUUUUGUUCACUUUGAAGGUCCUCCCCGCAAUUCCAACGAAACAGCCAAGGCGAAUCUACAUUGCACCGAACGAGCUUAUGCUGUUGUGGAAAGCUAUUAUGGACCUGAUACCCAAGGAAUAUUUUCAGAAAGUAUACGCCGAUAUCUUAAAGCUCUUUUCUAACAACAAAAGCAUUGAGCCGGAUAUUGAAGAUAUGCUGGAUACAGGCAAAAUGCUUCACGGCGUCUUCAACACCUUGGUAUCGCCGUGUCCUUGCAAAGCACGCAUUCCAGGAUUGUUCUCCUUGAGCGAUAUUGACACUUCCAUUUCCGAUGGCGAACACAUGAUGAACGUGCUUAACUCUGCGAUGGGAAUCGAUCCACCUUUCACGAUGGAUGACUUGGUGCUUGUGAGCGACAUGCUUCAGCUUGCGAAUAUCAUGAAUAUAACACAUCAAGUCGACGACAAGUCCAUACUGCGCCACCUGUCAUGGUUGUUUGUGGUGGCGCAUGCGGCGGUGGCCGACCCCGCGGCCGUUCUGCUCGUCUUUCACGGCAGUAAGCACCAUGCUGAAGAGGAACGGCCUCGAUUCUGCGCUAGUCAGGUCGAGCCAAGCUACAAGCUCCUUAUCUCCGCUAUGGCCUCUGCAGCGCACUUCUCGGAGGAUGAGCAGGUGGCGCAUUGUCAACCAUCUGCAAGAUAUCGUGCAGGUUGCCGCGCAAAAAACGCGUGCUUCUUCGUGGCUCGACAACGAGACGAAACAUGCUGCCGUGGCGAAGCUCACUAACGUGCGCACCAUAGUGUGGCCUUCGGACAAGUUUCUCACUGCGAAGGCACUUGAGAAAGUGUACGGAAACUUCACCGACAGUGCUCCGUCGUUCGUGGAGUACUGGAUCGAGACGCGUCGCAGCCAGCGCCUGAUGUUCGGCUCCGAGGCGGCUGAGCAGGAGCUGCUCCUACGUGACAACGCACAACUACCAUACGUGGAAUACGUACACGUUCUCAACCGCCUGUCGGUUGCCCUUGGAGCACUGGCACCACCGCUCUACUACCAGGAUGGCACCAAGGCCAUGUUGCACGGCGGGGUCUUGUAUCAGUACGCUCGGGAGCUUCUCAGGGCCAUUGACAAUGAGGGAGUUAAGAUCAACCAGCACGGUGAGUUCGUGUGGAAUUGGUUGAGCGAGGACCAGCGGGAACCGUUCAAGAAACGCACACAAGACUGCCUGCCCAAUAACGUCAGCAUCUUUCCAGAGGUUCCCGCGAUGGAGGUGGCGUACGAAGCUUUCAAGCGAAACGUCAAUGAAAAUGAGGCUCAGCUAGCACCGGAUUUAACGGAAGAGAAAGUGUUCUUCAUCACCGCAUGUCUCCCGUCUUGCGCUGUGACGCCCGCUGACAACCUCUACGGCGGCGACUGCAACAAGGCAGUGAUGAACUUCGCGCCGUUCGCCGAAGCAUUCGGCUGUCCCGUGGGCUCAAAUAUGAACCCGGCGACGAAGUGUACCUUCUAUGACUGAAUUUCUCACCUUGACGGACUCUUCCUUGCCUCGGCUCUGCUUUUAAAGCAUACAUACUCUUUUAUGUGCUGCGUUGCGUUCAAGUGUAGAGGGUAUUUUUCAUAGUA